CGCACUCUCCGGCGCCGCCGCGGCCCCAGCUCCGGGCCGCUCCUCCGAGGCGGACGGACGGGCGGGCGGGCGCGCGCGCACGGGCGAGCGAGCGGGCGGGCGGGCGCCGGAGUCUGAGGCGGCGGGCGACGCCCGGGGGGUGGGGUGGGGGGCUGACGGCCGCCGCGCCAUGGUGUGAGCCCCGCGGCCCGCGCCCGCUGCGCUCCGAGGAGAAGCCGCGCCGACCCCGGCGGCGGCCUUGCCCGUACGGCCCGCGCCCCGGCGCCGCGGAGCUCCUGACCGCCGCGGCUUGUCGCUCUCGGGGCGGCGACCGGGGAAGAUGGCGAACGAUUCGCCCGCGAAGAGUCUGGUGGACAUCGAUCUCUCGUCCCUGCGGGACCCGGCUGGGAUUUUCGAGCUGGUGGAAGUGGUUGGAAAUGGCACCUAUGGACAAGUCUAUAAGGGUCGACAUGUUAAAACAGGUCAGCUGGCGGCCAUCAAGGUUAUGGAUGUCACCGAGGAUGAAGAGGAAGAAAUAAAACUGGAGAUAAAUAUGCUGAAGAAAUAUUCUCAUCAUAGAAAUAUUGCAACAUACUAUGGUGCUUUCAUUAAAAAGAGCCCUCCAGGACAUGAUGACCAACUCUGGCUUGUUAUGGAGUUUUGUGGGGCUGGGUCCAUCACAGACCUUGUGAAGAACACCAAAGGGAACACACUCAAAGAAGACUGGAUUGCCUACAUCUCCAGAGAAAUCCUCAGGGGUCUGGCACAUCUCCACGUCCACCACGUUAUUCACCGAGAUAUCAAGGGGCAGAAUGUGCUGCUGACCGAGAAUGCGGAGGUGAAACUUGUUGAUUUUGGUGUGAGCGCUCAGCUGGACAGGACGGUUGGCCGGAGAAAUACAUUCAUAGGCACACCCUACUGGAUGGCUCCUGAGGUUAUUGCCUGUGAUGAGAACCCAGACGCUACUUAUGACUACAGAAGUGACCUUUGGUCUUGUGGCAUCACAGCAAUUGAGAUGGCAGAAGGUGCCCCCCCUCUCUGUGACAUGCAUCCCAUGAGAGCACUGUUUCUCAUCCCUAGAAACCCUCCUCCCAGACUGAAGUCCAAAAAAUGGUCAAAGAAAUUUUUCAGCUUUAUAGAAGGCUGCCUGGUGAAGAAUUACAUGCAGCGGCCCUCUACAGAGCAGCUUUUGAAACACCCUUUCAUAAGGGACCAGCCCAAUGAAAGGCAGGUUCGAAUCCAGCUGAAGGAUCAUAUAGACCGGACCAGGAAGAAGAGGGGGGAGAAAGAUGAAACAGAGUAUGAGUACAGCGGGAGUGAGGAGGAAGAGGAGGAAGUGCCUGAGCAGGAAGGAGAGCCAAGUUCCAUUGUCAAUGUGCCUGGAGAGUCGACUCUGCGCCGUGAUUUCCUGAGACUGCAGCAGGAGAACAAGGAGCGUUCUGAGGCUCUGCGGAGACAGCAGCUUCUCCAGGAGCAGCAACUCCGGGAGCAGGAGGAGUAUAAGAGGCAGCUGUUGGCGGAGAGGCAGAAACGGAUUGAACAGCAGAAGGAACAGAGGAGGCGGCUGGAAGAGCAACAAAGAAGAGAGCGGGAAGCCAGGAGGCAGCAGGAGCGAGAGCAGCGAAGGCGAGAACAAGAAGAAAAGAGGCGUCUAGAGGAACUGGAGAGGAGGCGCAAAGAAGAAGAGGAGAGGAGAAGGGCUGAGGAGGAGAAGAGGAGAGUGGAACGGGAGCAGGAGUACAUCAGGCGGCAGCUAGAGGAGGAGCAGCGGCACCUGGAAAUCCUGCAGCAGCAGCUGCUCCAGGAGCAGGCCAUGUUACUGGAGUGCCGAUGGCGGGAGAUGGAGGAGCACCGGCAGGCAGAGAGGCUCCAGAGGCAGUUGCAACAGGAACAAGCAUAUCUCCUGUCUCUACAGCACGACCACAGGAGGCCGCACCCGCAGCAGCAGCCGCAGCAGCCGCAGCAGGACAGGAGCAAGCCAAGCUAUCAUGCUCCAGAGCCCAAGCCUCACUACGACCCUGCUGACAGAGCUCGGGAGGUGGAAGAUAGAUUUAGAAAGACUAACCACAGCUCCCCUGAGGCCCAGUCUAAGCAAACAGGCAGAGGAUUGGAGCCGCCGGUGCCUUCCCGAUCAGAAUCUUUUUCCAAUGGCAACUCCGAGUCUGUGCACCCUGCCCUGCAGAGACCAGCGGAGCCACAGGUACAGUGGUCCCACCUGGCAUCUCUCAAGAACAAUGUUUCCCCUGUCUCGAGAUCCCAUUCCUUCAGUGACCCUUCUCCUCCCAAAUUCGCACACCACCAUCUUCGCUCUCAGGACCCAUGUCCACCUUCCCGCAGUGAGGUGCUCAGUCAAAGCUCCGACUCUAAGUCAGAGCUACCUGACCCCACCCAAAAGGCUUGGUCUAGAUCAGACAGUGACGAGGUGCCUCCAAGGGUUCCUGUGAGAACAACAUCUCGUUCCCCUGUCUUAUCCCGUCGGGAUUCCCCACUGCAGGGCAGUGGACAGCAAAAUAGCCAAGCAGGACAGAGAAACUCCACCAGCAGUAUUGAACCCCGGCUCCUAUGGGAGAGAGUGGAGAAGCUGGUCCCCAGGCCAGGCAGUGGCAGCUCCUCAGGGUCCAGCAACUCAGGAUCCCAGCCUGGCUCCCAUCCUGGGUCUCAGAGCGGCUCUGGUGAACGCUUCAGAGUGAGAUCAUCGUCCAAGUCUGAAGGCUCUCCAUCUCAGCGCCUUGAAAAUGUAGCCAAAAAACCUGAGGAAAAGAAAGAAGUAUUUCGACCUCUCAAGCCUGCUGACUUGACUGCAUUGGCCAAAGAGCUUCGAGCAGUGGAAGAUGUUCGACCACCUCACAAAGUGACAGACUACUCCUCCUCCAGUGAGGAGUCUGGGACCACGGAUGAGGAGGAGGAGGAUGUGGAGCAGGAGGGACCUGAUGACUCCACCUCAGGACCGGAGGACACCAGAGCAGCGUCAUCUCUGAAUCUGAGCAAUGGGGAAACAGAAUCUGUGAAAACUAUGAUUGUUCACGAUGAUGUGGAAAGUGAGCCAGCCAUGACCCCAUCCAAGGAGGGCACCCUGAUCGUCCGCCAGAGUACAGUUGACCAAAAGCGUGCCAGCCAUCAUGAGAGCAAUGGCUUUGCCGGUCGCAUUCACCUCUUGCCAGAUCUCUUACAGCAAAGCCAUUCCUCCUCCACUUCCUCCACCUCUUCCUCCCCAUCCUCCAGCCAGCCGACACCCACCAUGUCCCCACAGACACCCCAGGACAAGCUCACUGCUAAUGAGACUCAAUCCGCUAGUAGCACACUCCAGAAACACAAAUCUUCCUCCUCCUUUACACCUUUUAUAGACCCCAGGUUACUACAGAUUUCUCCAUCUAGUGGAACGACAGUUACUUCCGUGGUGGGAUUUUCCUGUGAUGGAAUGAGACCAGAAGCCAUAAGGCAAGAUCCUACUCGGAAAGGCUCAGUGGUCAAUGUGAACCCCACGAACACUAGACCACAGAGCGACACCCCCGAGAUUCGUAAAUACAAGAAGAGGUUUAACUCGGAGAUCCUGUGUGCUGCCUUAUGGGGGGUGAAUUUGCUAGUUGGCACAGAGAGCGGUCUGAUGCUCUUGGACAGAAGUGGCCAAGGGAAGGUAUAUCCUCUGAUCAACAGAAGACGGUUCCAGCAGAUGGAUGUUCUCGAGGGCCUGAAUGUCUUGGUGACAAUAUCUGGAAAAAAGGAUAAGUUACGUGUCUACUAUUUAUCCUGGUUAAGAAAUAAAAUUCUUCAUAAUGACCCAGAAGUUGAGAAGAAGCAAGGGUGGACGACUGUGGGCGAUUUGGAAGGAUGCGUACACUAUAAAGUGGUAAAAUAUGAAAGAAUCAAAUUUCUGGUAAUUGCUUUGAAGAGUUCUGUGGAAGUCUAUGCGUGGGCACCGAAGCCAUAUCACAAGUUUAUGGCCUUUAAGUCAUUUGGAGAACUGGUACAUAAACCAUUACUGGUGGAUCUCACUGUUGAGGAAGGCCAAAGGUUGAAAGUGAUCUAUGGAUCUUGUGCUGGAUUCCAUGCUGUUGAUGUGGAUUCAGGCUCAGUCUAUGACAUUUAUCUACCAACACACGUAAGAAAGAACCCACACUCUAUGAUUCAGUGUAGCAUCAAACCCCAUGCAAUCAUUAUUCUCCCCAACACGGAUGGAAUGGAGCUUCUGGUGUGCUAUGAAGAUGAGGGGGUUUAUGUAAACACAUAUGGAAGGAUCACCAAGGAUGUGGUUCUGCAGUGGGGAGAGAUGCCAACAUCUGUAGCAUAUAUCCGAUCGAACCAGACCAUGGGCUGGGGAGAGAAGGCGAUCGAGAUACGGUCUGUGGAAACCGGCCACUUGGAUGGUGUAUUUAUGCACAAAAGGGCUCAAAGACUAAAAUUCUUAUGUGAACGCAAUGACAAGGUAUUCUUCGCCUCCGUUCGGUCUGGUGGCAGCAGUCAGGUUUAUUUCAUGACCUUAGGCAGGACUUCUCUUCUGAGCUGGUAGAGGCGGUGUGAGCUGAGAUCACUGACCCCCGGAGUCGUCAAGACCCUGAGAACUUGGAAUUCCUUGCAACUGGAGCUCAGAGCUGCACCGGUGCAGCCAGGACAGCUGUAUAUGCAGGCCUCUUGCGUGUUGGGUCCUCUCCCCUCCUUCCUACACUUUCUGCCAGUUUAUUCCCGUUCUCUCCUUUUCCUCACUCGAAAAUAAAUCAAGGCUGCAUUGCAGCUGGUGCUGUUUAGACUCUACCAUCGGUGCUAGGAGUGUUUGGGGAUGAGCAUCAGACCAGAAAGAGCGCCUUUCCACAGCUCCAGGAUUCCUUGUCUCUGAGUGACUCUGGCCUGUGGGUGUCUGAAGGUUGUGAUGAGCACACCAUCAGAUGUUGGCAGUGGGCACAAGGAGGUGUAGUGGUGUAAGAAGCAGCUUGCUGAAGCAGAGAACAGAUUUAAUAUAGUAACAUUAACAAUGUAUUUAAUUGACAUUUCUUUUUUUGUAAUGUGACAAUAUGUGGACAAAGAAGAAGGUGCAGGUUUAAGAAGUUAAUAUUUAUAAAAUGUGAAAGACACAGCUACUAGGAUAACUUUUUGUGGGUGGGGCUAGGGUGGGUGGGGUGCGUUAAGGGAUCCCAUUUUGUUUCUUUGAAAUUUUUUGGAGAGGAUUGUCCUGGCCAAGAACUGAGUCAUUUUUCUGUGUACCAAGUUUUGCCUAAAUUGUGCAGAUGGUUCUAAAAAAAAGAAAAAGAAAGAAAAAAGAAAAUGUGUGUGUCUUGUUCGAUGGCCAGAACUUUGUUGUGUGACAGUAUUAGCACUGCCUCUGCUAAAGGUUUGAUUUCUGUUUAAGCCUAGAAGAGCAACAGCAGCUCCACCAUGGUCUGCACUUGGAAUAGGAAAAAAGUCAACUUUCCUGUGGGUUUUUUUUUUUUUGUUGUUGUUACUGUUUUGUUUUUUGCCUACCUCAUUGUUUUUAAUGCAUUGAGAGGUGAUUUAGUUUAUGGAUUUGGCAGAAAACAUUAAUGUUUAAUUUAACUUUAAUACCAAAACUAUCUGAUUGAAGUUUGACUGACUUUGUCACAAGUCUAAUCAGGUACCAGAAAAGCUGUCUGUGAAGGCAGAGACCAGCCUCUUGGCUGGUGCGGUCUGCUUUCAAAAAGCAGAGCCUCUGUUUUCACCAGGUUCACCAUUAGUGGUCGGUGGGUGGGCUGCCGUCACCUAUCCUUAACACAUGAGAUUGCAUUGUUCUCAGUUGGGGUUUGGUAGCAGGCAGGUUGUCACAUUUGAGUAGUCAUGCAAACUGUUCAUUGUUUCAGGAACCUUUUCUUGGGGGUAAGGGUGUGUCCCUUUUCUAAAAAUGCAACGCACUAAAACUAUUUUAAGAAUGUAGUUGAUUCUACCUAUUCAUAAAGAUGGCAUCUCCCUGUGUUUUAGGUGUAAUAUUGAAGCCCUGGCUUUUCUUGUUUUCUCACUUGCUCUCUCGUUCUGUUUUUUUUUUUUUUUAAACUAAUUUUUCUUUAUGAAUAUGUCUGUGACAUUUGUAAUAAAUGUCUUGUAAUAAUUUGCUUCAUGACUUGAUGGUGAUCACUACAUUCCUCUGAGGAUGCUAGUGUCUCAGAGAAGGGACAGUCAUGCCCUGCCAUCCUGCUGUAGCUCUUACGACAGCUGCUGUGGGCUUCAUUCCCCAGACAGAAGCUGCUUGUUUCAAAGGCUUGAUCUUGCUCGAUGGUGAAUUUGCUUUUACAGCAUAAGCCAUCUAAUCCCCUGUCCCAUGUAAUAGUUAUCUGUACCUAGUGCCAAGCCUGUCCCAUCUGUCCCAUUCAGAUACCUGUCCUCUUAGCUCUGGUGUAGUAGUUUUGUGAACAAAAGUCUAGUAAAGAAUACAUAAAACUGCAGUUAAGUGGUUGGUUGUAAAUACCAGCAAAGACAGGUCAGAAUAAGUGAGCAACCCUUACUCUUAGAGGGUAAAGGAGGGAAAAGUAGUUUUCCAUUGAUGCAAGGACUUCAAAGCAGCCCAAGAACUAUUACUGUUCUUCUCUAACUGUGGUCAACCUAGAGUGGGUUAAAGAGUUAAUCCCACACAAGACUGAGACGAUCCCAGAAGCAAAGAACUCAAAAUCUAAUGCUGACAGCCUCUUGCCCACACUCAGUCUUUGAUGAAAUGAGAGGAGGUACCACCAAGGUAGACAUGUGAAUCAGGAGGACACAGAGCUGUUCAGGUGAUGUCGGCCUUUCCCCUGGGUUUAGAGCGCUGUGAAAGGUGAGCAGAUGGCUUUGAAGAAGCAUCAAGCUACAAAUACCAAGGAGCCGGAAGUGACGAAGGAGGCUGCUGUGCACUUGACUUCUGUGUCACGGGGCACCACUGUCAUGGCCCAUCAUCCACAGGCUGCAAGCUCUGUCUUCAGUGAGAGGUUGCAGAUAGUACAAGAAUCUGUUGUUGGGAUUGUUCAUACCUAGAACUUUCCUGCGGGGGUGGCAGGAGAAAGAACAUCCCUCCCAGCCCAGUGCGCAUUCCCCCAGUUGACCCAGACCAAUUCCAUGGCCAACUUGAUUGAAGCAGAACAGAAGCAGCUGCUCCCCUGUCAUCUUGACUGUUGCCUCUCCAGCUUGACACCUUGUAAACCAAGUUGAGAUUGAGUUAUACAGAUGAAUUCAGGUGUCUAGAGAGAGUUGCCCAGGAGGGAAAAAAGCAGGCUGCUGUGACUUCGUAUUUCUUUAGGGAGGACAGGCUGUUCCCUACUCUUUUUCUACAAGACAAUGCUUUCUUUAUACAAGUGUCAUUUUGGCAAAACAGUAUUAAGGUGACACACCACCGGUGUGGAUCAUGGAUGUGCCGAAAGGGUGCUUGUUGCGGUGCCUCCACGCCCGGUGUGUCUAAGAGCGCCAGAGCUUCAGUGCCUUUCUGUACGUAAGUUCGAAGAACCUCUGUGCGUGUAGUACAGUGUACCAUGCACAUUCUACAUGGGAAGGGAUGUUUACAGGGAUGGUUUGUGGCACUAAUGUGCACCCAGUUCCGGUUUACUUCUAAAUGACUUUUAUGGGCUGUUGGGUUUCUAGCUUAGGAGUAGCACACUUCAGGAUUUGUAAUCGCUAAUUUUACUAGUUUGAGUAAUAAUACAGGUGAGAAACUGCAUUAAAUUUACUAGUCAUGAAGCUGAGCAGGCUAGGACAAGUACACAGCCUUUGUUUUUUUGUUUUUGCAGUGCUAACUUGUCUACUGUUAUAUAAAUUAUUGUUCUCCCCUACCUUUCUUUCCUAAAUAAAGUAAAAAUAAUUUCUA